AUGAGCAAGAAGCAACAAGAAAACUACAUCAAAUAUGUCUCGAUGAGAUCCCAAGAUAGACUCUUCAAUCAGAGUGAGCUGAAUCCAAAAUUGUUUCAGAUUAAUCAACUCCAGCCUUCUAUGUCAUUUGCAAAUUGUGCAAAUGAUAUUAAAUUAAAUACUAACUACGAAAGACCUACAAGACCUUCAUCAACUCCAUUACCAGUUUAUUGGACAAAAUUGGAUUUGAUUUUCGGAAAAUAUGACUAA